CGGUCCUUCAUCUGACAACAUGGCGAGUGUUCGUGCCGCGUCUCGUCUCCUCUCUGGGAGGACGCUGUUAAAGUCUAAAACCGUCCCUGCUGUUGCAGUCCAGGGCUCCAGAGACUUUCACUUCUCCAUCUAUGGGAAGAAGAAUCCCAAAGUGUCAGAUGAUAUCUCCACUCAGUAUCCAGUCGUAGACCAUGAGUUCGAUGCUGUGGUGGUCGGAGCUGGAGGGGCGGGACUCAGGGCGGCGUUCGGCCUGUCUGAAGCUGGCUUCAACACUGCCUGUGUCACCAAGCUGUUCCCCACCAGGUCCCACACUGUGGCUGCACAGGGUGGGAUCAAUGCAGCUCUGGGAAACAUGGAGGAGGAUGACUGGAGGUGGCACUUCUAUGACACAGUGAAGGGAUCUGAUUGGCUUGGAGACCAGGAUGCCAUCCACUACAUGACGGAGCAGGCGCCUGCAGCCGUGGUGGAGCUGGAGAACUUCGGAAUGCCGUUCAGCCGCACAGAGGACGGGAGGAUCUACCAGAGAGCUUUUGGCGGUCAGAGUCUGAAGUAUGGAAAGGGAGGUCAGGCCCACCGCUGCUGCUGCGUGGCCGACAGGACGGGACACUCUCUCCUGCACACGCUCUAUGGAAGGUCCCUCCGUUACGACACCAGUUACUUCGUGGAGUAUUUUGCUCUGGACUUGCUGAUGGAGGACGGAGAGUGUAAGGGAGUGAUUGCCCUGUGCAUGGAGGACGGGUCUAUUCACCGCUUCAGGGCGCAGAAUACUGUCAUUGCAACUGGCGGUUAUGGAAGAACCUACUUCAGCUGCACGUCUGCUCACACCAGCACGGGAGACGGGAACGCCAUGGUGACCAGGGCUGGUCUGCCCUGUCAGGACUUGGAGUUUGUACAGUUCCAUCCCACCGGCAUCUAUGGCGCCGGCUGCCUGAUCACAGAAGGCUGCCGCGGUGAGGGAGGAAUCCUGAUCAACAGCGAGGGAGAGCGCUUCAUGGAGCGCUACGCGCCCAACGCUAAAGACCUGGCCUCCAGAGACGUGGUGUCCCGCUCCAUGACCAUUGAGAUCAGAGAGGGCAGGGGCGUGGGCCCGGAGAAGGACCACGUGUACCUGCAGCUCCAUCACCUGCCCCCUCAGCAGCUGGCCACCAGGCUGCCCGGCAUCUCGGAGACCGCCAUGAUCUUCGCUGGAGUCGACGUCACCAAAGAGCCCAUUCCCGUCCUGCCCACCGUUCACUACAACAUGGGAGGGAUCCCCACCAACUACAAGGGACAGGUGAUCACCCACACCGAAGGCGAGGACAAGGUGGUGCGGGGACUGUACGCCUGCGGAGAGGCGGCCUGUGCCAGCGUCCACGGCGCCAACAGGCUGGGCGCCAACUCCCUGCUGGACCUGGUGGUGUUCGGCAGGGCCUGCGCUCUCACCAUCGCCGAGGAGCACAAACCAGGAGAGCAGCUGUCCCCGCUGCAGCCCAGCGCGGGCGAAGAGUCCGUGGCCAACCUGGACAAGCUGCGGUUCGCCAACGGAUCUCUGAGAACCUCGGAGAUCAGACUCAACAUGCAGAAGACCAUGCAGGCUCACGCCGCCGUCUUCCGUACCGGCUCCGUUCUGAAGGAGGGAUGCGAUAAGAUGGACGCCAUUUACCAGACCAUGGACGACAUCAAGACGUUUGACAGAGGCAUCGUGUGGAACACAGACUUGGUGGAGACUCUGGAGUUGCAGAACCUGAUGCUGAACGCUGUCCAGACCAUCCACUCUGCCGAGCAGAGGAAGGAGAGCAGAGGAGCACACGCCAGGGAGGACUUCAAGGACCGGGUGGAUGAGUACGACUACUCCAAGCCUCUGCAGGGCCAGGAGAAGAAGCCCUUCGAUCAGCACUGGAGGAAGCACACCAUGUCCUACGUCGACCCCAAGACCGGAAAGGUGACGUUGGAGUACAGGCCAGUCAUCGACAGCUCUCUGAACGAGCAGGACUGCGCUCACGUCCCUCCGGCCAUCCGCUCCUACUAAGAAGACGUCCUCCGGCGCCUCCCACCUCUUCUCCUCCCACGUCCACAUCACUUAUCCAAGUCUCAUUUAACUCUUAUUUAAGUCCAUACAUUUUCUGUACUCUGACAUUUUAGAGGGAAACGCUCCCAUUUGCACCACUGUACCCAAUCAGAAUUGCUAAAUACAAAAAAGUGAAGCCUUUUGUGUGCCCUGCCUGUUCCUGUCCUUCACUUGUGUUUUGCCUCGAUUCGAUCUAUUUACCGUAGAUGGAUUUCAUGAGGGUUUCCGUGAUCUUUCACGGUGUGUCAGCUACUCUGAGACACUCCAGAUUAAAAGGCGGCUGAGGGACGUUGGGUUUUUGGCUGGGGAAUAGUUAAACUGCUGCACCGCUUGAGCUUGGCUUGGCUGACGUUAUCACUCUCGUUCGCUCGGCGUGCGCUCAUUGGACUCAAGGCUCGGGUUGAGAGAAGAGACGACGGAGCUGAUUGUAAUUUGAAAGGCACUUGCAGUGGGAAUAGCUGCAGAGGGAAGUUUAAAGUCUGUAAAUAUUGCAUAAAUGUACAAUAAAUAUUGUGAGUUCUGUGUAUGUACUGGUGAGCAUACAGGUUCGUCUCUUCAUCGCUCUCUGUGGCCUUCACUUGGAUAGUAUUUACUCUUGUGUUACAUGCAAUGCGAUCAACCACCUAUCACGGCUCACGAUAGAUGUUUGAAGAAGCUGAAGUGAUAUUCUCAAUGGCACCUUUAGAAGCUGCUUUCUCCAUAGAUGAAGUGCACAGAGUCAUGUUAUCAGGUGUUCAUCAAGUGUUCUUCAAUAUUCAAUUUAUCAUUCUGACUCUUACUACAUAGCCUUGAAGUGGCAGCAGAGUUUGUACGGAAGGUUUUCCGUUAAGAACCAGCAGAACUGUAUGUGUGCGGUAGCGUUCGACAGGCAACUGAAAUUCACCACCUUCAGUAAAUAAACUAGAAGCAUGCGCUCUGUGUUUCAGCUUGAAAUGCACAACUAAAAUCACUCGCCGUGCUUCUUGUAAUCGAACAGUGACGGGAUGACUUAAUUUAUUUGCCUGUUUGGGUUGAAAAAAGUUGAUUUUAUUUGCCAUUUGUACUUGUUUUCUUAUGUUGAAUAAAAUGUAGGCUACUCAUACUGUA